AUGUCCAUUAAACUGAAUCUGGAAGACACCAUUGCAUUUGAGAGACCAUUAACACGUGUCGUUAAACAGAACCUCACCAUUCAAAAUCCCCAUGAUAAGCCCGUUGCUUUUAAGGUCAAGACUACAGCGCCCAAACUGUAUUGUGUCCGUCCCAACUCGGAUGUCAUUCCUCCCAAUGGCUCUAUCGACGUUCAAAUCAUGUUACAAGCUCAAAGAGAGGAACCACCUUUGGAUGUGAAAUGUAGAGACAAGUUCUUGAUUUUGAGUACGUACGUCAAUGAAGUUACCGAGAAAAUGGGCAUUACAGAGCUGUGGAAUCAUGUUGAAGAGAACGACAAGAGCAAAAAGACUAUCCAUCAACACAAGUUACGCUGUGUCUACGUCCAGAGCAAAGAGGCCGAGACUAACACUGCUGCCACUCCCGCUGCUGCUCCUGCUCCUGCUGCCAAUCUCACAUCCAUCACACCAGUAGCUACUGCUCCUGCUGCUGCUCAGGCUAAUGCUGCUGCCAACGACGCCAAUACCAAGGGAUCCCAAAAGGAUCAAGAAGAUGUUAUUGAAAAGAUGAAGGCAAUGGAGCGAGAACUGAACAAAUACAAGGAAGCUGAGAAGUUGGAAGUUAAGACAGGAUUCCCUCCCAGCAUCUACAUCUUGAUCAGUCUGAUUAUUGCUGCUAUUGCUUAUUUCAUAACAACAAAGUGA